CUCGGACACGCAUCCGUGGUGGCAUGCAGAACAGCACUUCGGCGCCGCCUUUGUCGUCCGGGGAGCAGCGGCCGACGACAAUGCGAAGGAGCCCAGAUAGACGUAGCAAAUCGCGCAUCUCUGUAUCGAGCCGAAGCAUCCUCUUCUCCCCUCCGGCACUUCACCGUCCAUCCACACCGCGCACAGGAACCCCGUCGAGUACAACGUCGGCUUCGAAGGUCGCAGACGACAACAGCCAGCAGACCGUAACACCGGCGUCGCUGUCGCGAUGGAAACGAAAGAAAAAACUCGACGAACCCGCACCAUCCCCCGUUCAAAAAUCCAAGAAACUUGUCACGAACGAUCGAUUCAUUCCGAACCGUUCGGCCAUGAACAUGGCUGCCUCUUCCUACAAGAUCACGGCGCACUUUGAGAUAAAGGCCAAGCCCAAUCGCGACCCUUCAACCCCCGCGACGACGCCCAAGAAAUCCAGCGUCUCUACCACCACGCCAAACAAACCCACGUUCCAGGCAUGUCUAGCCGAGUCGUUGCUGGGCACGUCGGACUUGGAGCACCAUCGCAUCCUCACAUUCAAAGAGAAACCUGCACCCCAGCACGACUCGUCUUCCUUCCAAGGCGCAUUAAAUCUCAUGCAUCGUCACAAAACGUCCAAGCAAAGCAGCAGCAACGACAAGGUCAAGGCAGUGCGGCACAUUCCCACGGCCGCAACAAAGGUGCUGGACGCGCCCGAACUUAUGGACGACUACUACUUGAACCUCCUCUCAUGGGGUAGCAACAACAUCCUGGCAGUCGCGCUCGGCCCGUCGAUGUACCUCUGGAACGCCACGACGGGCGAAAUCGACGAGCUCAUGAGUCUCGACGGCGACGAAUACAUUAGCUCUGUCUCUUGGAUCCAGGAUGGCAACACGUUGGCGAUCGGGACAUCGAAUGCCACGAUCCAGCUGUGGGAUGCCCACACUGCGCGGCUCCUCCGCACGCUGCGCGGCCACUCGAUGCGGGUCGGCGCAUUGUCUUGGAACCAGCACGUGCUGUCGUCGGGAUCUCGCGACACAACCAUUAAGCACCACGACGUCCGCAUCCAGCAGCCGCUGAUUGCGACAUUGUCUGGCCAUGACCAAGAAGUUUGCGGUCUCGCUUGGUCUCCGGACGGCACCAAGCUCGCUUCGGGCGGCAACGACAACAUCCUGUGCAUUUGGAACCAUCCGUCUUCGUCGUCGAGCAACAUCCGACCUGUCCACAAACUCCAGCACCAUGUCGCGGCGGUCAAGGCCCUUGCGUGGUGUCCGUGGGAGCGCCAUGUGCUCGCGUCUGGCGGCGGCACCGCCGACCGCACGAUUAAGCUGUGGAACGUGCAGACGGGUUCGCUGCUGCAGUCUGUGGACACAGGUUCCCAGGUGUGCGCGCUGCUGUGGGCCACAUCGGACAAGGAGCUCCUGUCGUCGCACGGAUAUGCCCAGAACGAGCUGUGUUUGUGGGAGUACCCGAGCAUGGUCAAGAUCAAAGAGCUGACGGGGCACACGGCGCGCGUGCUGCACAUGGCGGCGGCACCGGACAAGAUGACGGUCGUGUCGGGCGCGGCCGAUGAGACCCUCCGGUUCUGGAACAUCUUUGCACCCCCGAAACCAACCAAGAAAACCAAGUCAGCGGCCGCCGCGCUCUGGGACGACAAGGACCCCCACCACUCGACCCACCGUCUCCAUCCCUUCACAGCCAUACGUUGAGGCACGUGUAAUUUAUUGUGUGCAGGUUGAUGUUGUGCCCAC